UAGUUUUGGUGGAGAAUGCGAGCAUUCUUCUGGGGCUGGUGUUUGUAUAAAAAGCGCGAGCGUUGCGAGUUAAAGCGUAAAAGCGAGAUGAGGAUUGUGCUGUGUUUGUAUUUCUUGGCCGUCCUGCAGCUGAGUUGUCAGCUGAAGAAGAAGAAGCACGAGGAGAGGUUCCGUGUGCACAGAAGCUGUCGAUGGGUGUGCUAUCCAGGAUUAGGUCCUGGACCAGUUGUACCUCCGACACCAAGAUCAACGGGAGGCACCACUGAAGUUUCUCCAACGCCUAGCGAAAUUUCACCUAUGACCGGAUCAACUUCGCCCAGAAGUUCAACGGAACCAGUAACAAGCACGAGCGAAUCUUCGCCCACAAGCCCAACCGAACCCGGAACGGGUUCAUCUUCCAAUGGGUCGUCGCCGGUAAGCCCAACCGAGCCCGGAACGGGCUCAUCUUCUGAUGGAGCUUCGCCUGCAAGCUCAACCGAGUCCGGAUCUUCCAAUGGAUCUUCGACGACAAGCCCGACGGGGGGAGAAACUGGCUCAACAUCCGACACAAGAUCAACAGACGACCGGACGGACCCAACACCGAGAUCAACGACCGGAGACGGAUCGUCACCGACAACUUCGCGUCCACGCUGCCACAAACAUCACGGAUUCGGCAUUGGAUCGUUGAUUGGUGGCUUGAUCGGAAACGGCGGAAACGGGAAGGGGGGUGCUGGAACUGGAUCUGUUGAUAUUAGUGGCGGGCAGGUGGGCGGAACGGGCGUCGGCGUUGGAGGAACGGCAAACGGAGGCCAGGGAGGAUCAGGAACGGGAACAGGUGGAGGUGUUAGAAUAACGUCGGGUAAUGGAGGUAGUGGUCAUGGCGGUUCCGGAUGGGGUGGGCCCGGACUCGGCGGUUCUAAAGGCAACGGCGGUUGGGGUGUCGGCGGCGAUGGAAAUGGAAGAACCAAUAUUUCGGGCGGCAACAUAGGUGGUACCGGGUUCGGCGUCGGAGGAUCAGGAAACGGUACCGGUAGAGGCGGAUCUGGAAGCGGGUAUGGUGGAAACGUCAACGUUAACACUGGUAAUGGCGGUCCCGGUUAUGGUGGACGAGGUGGAUACCACGGACAUGGAGGUUACGGCAUUGGAAUUGACGUCAGACGCGCAAAACCCAAGGGCAGUGUAAAGGUACGCAACCCAGGAAAUCUAAAACAAGCUGUAAAAGCCUAGGAGCACAAUACACUAAUGUAAUAUCGCACAAAAUAAAAAAAAAGGGUUAAGGGAUCA